AUGGAUUGCAGCAAAUUGGUAGAAGAUGGGACCCCUGAGUUAGGAAUGGAGUUCAACAGCGAAGAGGAUGCGUACAAGUUUUACAACAAAUAUGCCUUUAAAAUGGGUUUUAGUGUACGUAAAGACUAUUUGAAUAAAGACAAAGACGGCGUGACCACGUCUAGGAGAUAUAGUUGCUGCAAGGAAGGUGUGAAGCGCAAGUACGAAGGUGAUGUGAUGCCAAAGAGGACACGAGCUCCGACGAAAACAGGGUGUGGAGCUAAAAUGGUUAUUGUGUUGUUUAGAGGAACAAUGAAGUACCGUGUGCAUGAUCUUGUUUUAGAGCAUAACCAUGAGUUGCACAUUGCUCAAUGUGCGCACAUGAUGCCAUCACAAAGAAAAAGCCAUGAGCUUAUGGGAAAGGAGGCAGGUGGGAUGGGAAGUGUGGGAUAUACUCGGGAAGACCUGAAACGAUAUCUUCGUACUCGACGGGAAAGGAGUUUGAAAUAUGGAGAAGCAGGUAGCAUGCUGAAUUAUUUUCAAGAGCAAACACUCGAGAAUCCAUCGUUUUUUCAUGCCGUACAGCUGGACUGUGAAGAGCAGAUAACGAAUAUCUUUUGGGCUGAUGCAGGAAUGUUAAUUGACUACAAAUUUUUUGGAGACGUAGUCACAUUCGACACAACCUACAAAAAAAAUAAAGAAUACCGGCCACUUGAAGUGUUUGUGGGUUUUAACCAACAUAGGCAAAUUGUGAUAUUCGGUGCUGCCCUUAUGUAUGAUGAGACUAUAGAUUCUUUCAAAUGGGUGUUUGGUACAUUUCUAGAAGCAAUGUGCGGAAAGCGUCCAAGUACCAUACUAACCGACCAAGAUCAUGCCAUGGCAGCCGCUCUUUCAGUUGUUAUGCCCGAAACAUUUCACGGUCUAUGUACGUUUCACAUAAGGCGUAAUUUUAUGAAACAUCUUGGCAAUCACUACAAGGAAAAUAGUGAUCUUCCAUACAUGUUUGGUGCAUGCAUGUAUGAGUUUGAAGAAGUGGAACAAUUCAAUAGGGUGUGGGAGGCGAUGGUGAAGAAACACGAUCUUGAAAAUAAUGAAUGGCUCUCCGGAUUGUAUAGAAUUCGUGAUAAAUGGGCAAGGUGCAUGAUGAAAGAAAGAUGGACCGCGGGAAUGCGAAGCACCCAACUCAGCGAAAGCCUAAAUGCAGCAAUUAAAAAUCAUUUGAAACUGGAUCAUGACCUUGUGCAGUUCUUUAGACAUUUCAAUCGGGUGGUUGAUGAAAAGAGACAUAAUGAACUGAUUGCAGAAUAUGAAAUGAGGCAAAAGCUUCCCAUGGUAGGGUUAAGGCAAACACCUAUGCUUGUGCAUGCAUCAGAGACGUAUUCACCAACCGUAUUUGUUGCAUUCCAAAAUGAAUAUGGCGAGUCAACAGCUAUGGUUAUAUUGAGACAACAAGAUGCAGCGAUGUUUGUGGAGUUUGCGGUCAUGAGGUAUGAUGGAGGACUUGAAAGAAUAGUAGUAUUCAAUCGGAAUGAUCUAAGUGUACAUUGCAGUUGCAAAAAAUACGAGAAUGAAGGCAUUUUAUGUGGGCAUGCGUUGAAGGUGUUUGAUACCGUGGGCAUAAAAAUAAUUCCUCCUGAAUACAUUAAGAGGCGAUGGACAAAAAGAGCUCGGGCUGGAGACUGUUUUGAUCGGCGAGGACAAGAAGUUGUGGCUGAUCCUAAAGUAAUGAUUUCAACUCGUUAUCGGGAGCUCGCUCCAGCCAUGAUUAAGGUCGCAACUCGAGCAGCAAUGUCGGAGGACACCAGCAAAGUAGCAAUCACUGUCAUAUCCGAUUUGUCAAAGAGAGUUGAGCUCCUCCUCUCAGAAAGCGAAGAGCAACCUUUGCAAAAUCAAAAAAAUCUGAAUAUGGAGGAACGAGAUAAAAUUGAAAUUGUAAAUGAAAUGGGGGAGGCAGUAGUCGCAAGAGGCAUUAAAAAACGAGGCGGUGGGAAGAAAAGUAGAGUGAUGCGAAGUUGGGUCGAUAAAUUUGACAGAGUAAAAAGAAAAUCUAGAUUAUCAAGAACUACACAGACUACGGUCUCAGAAUCGGAGCCGACAUCGGUUUCAUUUGAGGAAUACAUGUUUAUGGGAUGCCGUUCAUCUACUGACUCUGUUUCGACGCAUUCAAUGAGUCAGACAGUGAAUGGUCCUCCAAAUGUUGUUGCUCCCGAUAUCGAUGAAAGUCAAACGAUCCACCGUUUGGCUAAUCAGGGGCCUCCUGCAAGUGUCCCUACAGAAUGGAUGCAUCCCAGAUUUCCUAUUUUUUCCAAGCAUAACUCCAUCAGAGAUGUCUUAAUGGAGGAGCGUUGGGCAAUUUCAACACACUGUGAUGUUGAUGCAUAUCAUGUAUUUGCACCAUCACCUCAGGGAAGAAAUAACACACAGGGAUUGCAACUACGCGUUGACGUCGCCUCCCCCCAGAAUGAGGUUGAUGAAUGA